UUGAUUCAAUACUUGUGUAGCGCCUCAAGGAAUGAUCAGAGAAGAAGCUUAAUGGCGACCAGAAGGAAGCUCGUCAUUGACUGUGACCCGGGAAACGAUGACGCCAUGUCAAUCUUGAUGGCACUGUCAGACGUCAAUAUUGACGUCAUCGCUAUCACGUGCGUUGCCGGGAACUGUGACGUCACACAGGCAUCACUGAACGCACUGAGGGUACUGCAAGUGGCAAAGAAACUAGACAUCCCUGUUUACACUGGAUGUGACGCACCCCUCCUGGGGGAGCGAAAACCGGGUUCCCCGUAUCACGGGGUGGACGGCUUAGGGGACGUACCGGACCCCGGCGCACCUGGAAUUGACCGCAUUCAGAUUGAGCACGGCGUACAGGCGCUCUUACAGCUAUCAAAGGAGCAUGCAGUUAAGUCUUAA